UUUUCCGUCUUGUUCUGGGCUGCGUAUCUGGUUCGCUAACGUUACUUAAACCACUCCCGUCUUGCAAUCUGCACAGGCAAAGAAAGAUAUGCUCCACUUCCAGUCCCUGGUUUCGUUUGCUGGAAGUUAAGAGAAAACUGACAAGUUGCAGACUGCUCUCAACUUGCAAAGGUAAAUUUAUUCAAAUCAAAUCAACAUUGAUAGAACUUUCUAUAGGAGCGGCAGUGGUGUGUUUCAUGCACUUGAGUCACAGUUUAAUCAUUAAUUGGAGAUUGUUCUGAUCGGACUGGCAUAACCCUGUUCCCUGGACAAGAACAAUUAAGAUGGAAGCUGAGAAGAAGGAAUUACCAGCAGAUGAACUCCCUCCACGUCAACAGAGUCCCUCUCCCAGCCUACCAGCUCCGUAUGGAUGGCAAUUGGAUUGCAUGGAAGUAGAAAGUGGUGCACCAACAGCAUGCCCUCGGACAAUGCCCAGACCAGGCCACAUUCAACAGAGCCCAGACGCUGAGAAUGCAAUGAAUCCGCUGCCUAAUAAUGAAAUGGUUUCGCCACCUUACCCACCAUUGUAUCUGGAGUGUCAGCAAGCCCAUCAUACACCAGAGACUGCCGGUCAUGGAGUUGACUUUGGGCAACAAGGCAAAGUGAAUCAGGAAUCAUUUGUGUCCCCCAGUGAGCAAGAUGCUGGGUGUACAACGGAUCUGCAGGAAAACCCUGUAGGUUCGAACCUCCCAUCAAACCGAAGUCCCCGUUUUCAGAUGGAUCCUGAAGUUGAACGUCCUGCAGCAAUGGUAGCGGGAGGUCCACGAGACCUGGCUGCCGUGCAAACACCAGGCACCAAAGCUGCCCCCUAUCCACUUAGUCCCCAGCAAGUGUUAUCCCCAAACCCAAUGAAUGCUGCUCUUCAAAUGCCAACUCCACCGAGGCCUUCCUUGGGAAAAAUAGGUCCCUUGAUGAGUUUUAAUUCUGACUGGUUCUCAUUCAACCAGCCAAUGCCACCCGUUGAGGCAGAACCUUUCCCGACUCCAGGCGAUGCUCAUCGCUUCAACUCUGAUCUCCAGCAACAGGCAGGUGGUUAUCAGCAAGAGGUUACUCCUCAGCUUCAAGAUGUCAUCCCAGCCAGCCCUCAUUCACCCAAACAAUCUCCAGCAACUUCUAAAAUUGGCCCAAGUAAAGAACCAGAACAUCAAAUACAGACAGAAAGUAUGUUUAACCCUUUCAUACAAACACCAAAAACUGAUGAAGGUUGCAGCUCCCCUGAUCCUCCACAGAUGCCGAUUGGUUUUGAGACACUGGGACAAUCAGUGACAAACAUCAGUGACCAAAGCGCAGGCACUACAUCGUUCCCUGAACCACCAAAUACUUACAAAACAGAUCCUACUUUGAAAGAGCCCUGGGGGCUUUUUCCGCCGGCCUCUUCCGUGAAUUUUCCUCAGCCUGAUGUUCGGACGGAGCCACCAAUCCCAAUCUCUCCCAUCUCCAACCACAAAUCAUCGGCACCUCCCAGAAAAAUCACUAGCGACCAGCCACAAGAGGAGCCAAGCGCGAGCAGUCACACUGAGAAUGAUUGUACUGAACCAAAGGAAAUGAAACUGAUGCCACAUCCCACCCUGAGGUAAUCGCCACCAUACCUGCACAUCAAGUGGUUCUGAUGCUGGAGCACUGCUCCCAACUCAAGACUGUUUUAUUGAUCCAGUAUACUGGCUGCUCUUUUGAUCUUAAAAUAACUUACUUUGGUCGAAAGGUGAUAUGAAAUAUUCUCCAAUAUUAAGUAACAUCCUGCUUUUAUCCCCCUCUCUCCCCUGUGUUGCACCCAGGUGCAAAUCUGUUUCCCCAACUCUUUGCCACCUCUUUUCUCUUCCUUUCCGACCCCCGUUCCCUUCACCCAUAUACAUUCCUCUGGCUUCACAUUUCACUCCUCUGCUCUCCUUCUCUUACACCCUCUUGUCUCUAUUUCACCACCAGCCUUCAUCACUUACCUCACCCCUCUGCCAACCAAAAACCCUUCCCCACCAGCAUCCUGUCUCCUUCCAUCCACACACCCCUCCCUCCGGCUUUACAUUUCACUCCUCUCCUCUCCAUAUCUGACGCCCUUUGGUCCACUUCUCACCUCCAGCCUUUGUCUCUUAAUCCACCCCUCUGCCAAAACCCCCCACUCACCUGUAUCCACCUAUCACUCGCCAGGCUUUGUCCCACCCCCACCUCUCUUUUCCAGCUUUCUUCUCUCCCCCUCCCCACUACAAUCAGUCUGAAGAAGGGUCCCGAACCAAAACGUCACCUGUCCAUGUUAUCCAGAGAUGCUGCCUGAUCCGCUGAGUUAUUCCAGCACUUGUUUUUUUUUUGUCUAAAUCGUAAAUAGUUAACUUCUAUUCUGUACUUUGCUGGUAAUGCUACAAAGUGACCCUACAAAGUCCACGCAUCUGAAUUUGACGUUAUUUAAGAAUGAUAGAACAGGCCAGUCCUCAGAUUUUUAGAAUGCGGUACUUUUGCCCUGGUUGUGUACAAUGUGUUUGUCCACCACCCGAUUCAUCUCCUCAGAACCUGUCAGAGGAGGUAGUCGAGGCAGGUACAAUAACAACAUUUACAGAACACUUGAACAGGUACCUUACAUGGAUAGGAAUUGUUUGGAGAGAUGUGGGCCAAACAAGGGCAAUUCUACCAGAAUGCUGCCUGAACUACAGCAUAUUAGAGAGUCUUACAAGCUUGUUUUAAGUUCACAGACAGAUGUCCAUUCUGUACAAAAUGGAGUCAUUUGAAAACAAAAUGGAGUCAGUUGUCCUCCCAAAAUGGACGCUGUACUGAUGCUGUGCCAAGAUUUGAGAAUAAGGCUGCCAUUGCAAAGUUUACCAAUAACUUGUUAUUGGUUUCAAUUAUAGAUGGGUCCAGCCUCCAUUGUUUCCCUUAGGCUACGGAUCUUUCAGUCAGAUUUAGAAGGUGUGUUUAUUGAUAAGAAAUCAUUGUAUAAUUGUACUAACUUUUCUUUGUUCGAAGAGUUGUGCGACAGGGAAGCUAAGGUGUAUAGCUUCCAGCACACUCCCGCUAAUGAAUAAAAUAAUCUUGCCUUA